AUGCUCUGGCUCCUACGACGAUGUGCUAAGGACGACUUUAGCAGGAGGGUGAAGGCCAGUGUUCCAUCGCAGUGGGCAGUUCGCUACUCCGUAGAAACCGCGGUACCGGUUUGCUGUUCUUGGCCAUGUUGUGGCCAUCGUUUCUUUUGGUCGAGCCCAAGGUCGACCAAGACACCUUCAACGUCCGCCUACGGCGCAUUAAUUGCCUUGGACCACCUCCAAUACUUAGACUGCUGGGAGACGUCGCGUACAUCCUGUUUCUUUGGGUUCAAUGACGUGGCAACUUUGAAGCAUCAAGUUUACACAAACGAGCAUACCGUCCCGCAGAUGAUGAACUAA